CAAGAGCCCAUCGGCUGCUGCGGCCCCGCGAUGACUCCCCUCUUCUCCUCCCUCUCCUGCGCCUUCGAGGGGUCGGUCUGGGCCCUCCGCCUCUCCUCCUCUAGCCCCGCGGGUCAUCCCUCGCCGGGAUGGAGCGCUACGAGCAGCUGAAGGUCCUGGGCCGCGGCUCCUACGGCUCCGCGGUGCUGGUCCGGGAGAGAAGCGGUGAGCGGCGGAAGUUCGUCGUGAAGGAGGUGGAGCUCUCCAAGAUGGGGCCCGCGGCGAAGAAGGAGGCGGAGAAGGAGGUGCAGGUGCUGCAGUGCUGCGACCACCCGAACAUCGUGAGGUACGUGGAUACAUUCUUGCAUGGCGCCGCCAAGUUGUGCAUCCUGAUGGAGUACGCGGACGGAGGCGACCUGUCUGGUGCCGUGAAGGCCCAGCAGCAGAAGGGCGCCCCCUUCCCCGAGGCCGAGGUCCUCCGCACCUUCGCCCAGUGCUGCCGCGCGCUGCGGCACUGCCACAAGAAGCACAUCCUGCACCGCGACCUUAAGUGUGGGAACAUCUUCCUGACGAGCAACGGCAGCGUCAAGGUGGGGGACUUCGGGAUCUCGAAGGUCCUGGACCACACGGGUGCCGUCGCCGUGACGAUGAUCGGCACUCCACUUUACCUUGCGCCAGAGGUGUGCCAGAGCAUGCCGUACGGGGUCAAGGCAGACAUCUGGUCGCUCGGGGUGGUGCUCCACGAGUUGCUAGCGCUCUCUGUGCCCUUCCAGGCGGAGAACAUGGCGGCGCUCGUGGUGAAGAUCAUCAACCAGCCGCCGAGGAAGGUGCCCGCGGAGGCCUGCGGCGAGGAGCUCCGCCGCCUCCUCGCGAGGAUGCUCGAGAAGCCGCCCGAGAGGAGGCCGACCGUGGACGAGCUGCUGGCCUGCCCGGUAGUGCGCGCGUGCGCGGCACGGCUGCCGCCGGACCCGGACUGCCCCCAGGAGGCGGAGCUGGCGGAUGACGCCACGCAGCUGCCGCCGGCCCUCCGCGGGGCGGGCCGCAGGCCCUCCAGCGGCGGGCGCGCCGAGGAGGAGCCCCCCGGGCCCGCCGACGACGCCACGCGGCGGCCGGCGCCG